AUGGCAUCGUACGAGAAAGAAUAUUAUCACAGAGAAACUGAUCGAUAUAAUCAUAGAGAAACUGAUCGAUAUAAUCAUAGAGAACCUGAUCGAUAUAAUCAUAGAGAACCUGAGUCCAGGAGACGGCAUUACGAUAAUGUAGACCGUAAAGGGGAAUGGGGAAAAGGAAGAAAUAUCCAUAACAACGAGUUUUUGCUUGAGCAACGAAAACGAACUCGCAAAGAAAGUACCUUUUCCAUUUGGCCACAAUCACCUGAAUAUCCAAGCAAAUUAGAACGUUUAAGUGCAGAUUCUUCAGCCAGUGAAAGUGAUUCUCCAAGCGAAGUUAAAAGUAGAGGUCGUAGAAAAUCUGAUGAAUUUAUAGAAGUUGAUGAAAAAGAUCUAGAACAAAUAGAUCAUCUUUGGGUUGAAAAAAAAGUUGAAUUACCUGAAGAUUUGUUGAAUGUGGGUCCUAUGCCUAUAUCAGUAACUGAUACAAAAUUGGGAGAGCGAGAUUAUGGUGGCGCCUUGCUAGCGGGUGAAGGUUCAGCUAUGGCUGCUUAUGUCCAGGAGGGAAAACGUAUUCCACGUCGUGGUGAAAUAGGUCUUACAAGUGACGAAAUUCAAUCAUUUGAAGAUGUUGGUUACGUAAUGAGCGGUAGUCGACAUCGACGUAUGAAUGCUGUACGUAUUCGUAAAGAAAACCAAGUUAUUUCUGCGGAAGAAAAACGUGCUUUGAUGCUAUACAA